AUGGAGAUACCUCAAGGUUUUGAAGCUAAGGGGGAGUGCCCACUUGGUUCAAAAUUAGUGUGUAAACUUCAAAAAUCUCUUUAUGGGCUUAAGCAGGCUUAUAGGCAAUGGAAUGCUAAAUUUACAGAAAUUUUAAUGCAAUUUGGUUUUUUACAGUCACGAUCAGAUUAUUCUUUGUUUACUAGAACCACUGCUGAUGGUAGUUUUGUUGCAUUGUUGGUGUAUGUUGACGACAUACUAGUUGCUAGUUCUUCUAUGCAAUCUGAAAAUGAAGUAAAACAGUUUUUGAAAUCCAAGUUCAAGCUAAAGGAUCUUGGUGCACGUAAAUAUUUUCUCGGAAUAGAAGUUGCAAGAUCAGAAAAGGGUAUAUUGUUGUGUCAAAGAAAAUAUGCACUAGACUUAAUUGAGGAACAUGGCUUAUUGGGAGCAAAGCCUACAUCUACACCGAUUGAUUACAGUCAUAAACUCACCAUAGCUAGUGAUGAUGAUUUAUUGACAGAUAGUUCCAAUUAUAGACAAUUAAUUGGAAAAUUAUUAUAUUUGACAUUCACUGGGCCUGAUAUCAUGUAUGGGGUGCAAGUUUUAUCUCAAUUUAUGGAUAGACUAGGGAAUGUGCACUUGCAGGUAGCAUAUCGAAUAUUAAAAUACUUGAAAGGUUCUCCUGGUCAAGGCAUACUACUUUCUUCAUCUUCAAAGUUACAGCUUAGAGCCUAUUGUGAUAGUGAUUGGGCUGGUUGUCCAUCUACAAGAAAAUCUGUCACGAGUUAUGCAAUAUUCAUUGGUGAUUCCCUAAUAAGCUGGAAAUCGAAAAAGCAAAGUGUCACCGCAAAGAGUUCGACUGAAGCUGAAUAUAGAGCCAUGUCUACUACUUGUUGUGAAAUAAUUUGGCUGUUAUUUCUUUUGAAAGAUUUUGGAGUUAGUCAUUCUGAUGCAGUUGAUCGGUUUUGUGAUAAUCAAUCAGCUUUAAGCAUGUGUAAAAAUCCAGUAUUUCAUGAACGUACAAAGCAUAUAGAAGUGGAUUGUCAUUUUAUUAGAGAGAAAGUGCUUGCAGGGAUUGUGAAACCAAGUUAUAUACGGACAGAUUCCCAACUUGCAGAUUUAUUCACCAAGGCAAUUCCAAUUUUUGCUAAGCAAGAUGAGCAUUUUGAACAUCCAUGCUCAUCUUGA